UGCCCCCUUUUUCCUGUGCUGCGAUCAGCCAAGGGAAGGGGAAGCUGUCCCACGCCGCCCGCCCCCCUGCUGUUGCGGCCCCGGCUCCUCUCGCUCCUGGACCUGCUGCCCGGACUGACGCUGCUACCUGCCCGCCCGGGGGAGGAGCCACUUCCCUCGCCCGGGAGGAUGGAGGUCCUGCAGCUCCUGCGCCUGCUCCUCACCACUGCCAUGCUGGGCCUCUCCCAGACUGUGAACCCCUUCGUGGCCCAGCAGACCCUUCCGGACCCUUGCUACGAUGAAAGUGGUGCUCCUCGUCGCUGCAUCCCUGAAUUCGUCAAUGCUGCCUUUGGGAAGGAGGUCCAAGCCUCCAGCACGUGUGGGAAGCCCCCAACACGGCAUUGCAACGCCUCGGACCCACGCCGAGCCCACCCGCCUGCCUACCUGACCGACCUCAACACCGCAUCCAAUAUGACAUGCUGGCGCUCUGAGACCCUCCACUACUCACCUCAGAAUGUCACCCUCACCCUCUCCCUCGGCAAGAAGUUUGAGGUGGUCUAUGUCAGUCUCCAGUUCUGCUCUCCCCGGCCAGAAUCCACCGCCAUCCUCAAGUCCAUGGACUACGGCAAGACCUGGGUGCCAUACCAGUACUACUCCUCCCAGUGCCGUAAGAUCUACGGCAAGCCCAGCAAAGCCACUGUCACCAAGCAGAAUGAGCAGGAGGCCCUCUGCACUGAUGGCCUCACCGACCUCUACCCACUCACCGGCGGGCUCAUCGCCUUCAGCACCCUUGAUGGGCGACCCUCUGCUCAGGACUUCGACAGCAGCCCUGUGCUCCAGGACUGGGUGACGGCCACCGACAUCCGUGUGGUCUUCAGCCGCCCGCACCUCUUCCGUGACCUGGGCAGCCGGGAUGCUGCGGAGGACGAGGGGGGCACCAGCUCCACCCCGUAUUACUAUGCAGUAGGGGAGUUGCAGGUCGGUGGGCGCUGCAAGUGCAAUGGGCAUGCGGCACGCUGUGUGAAGGACAAGGAGCAGAAGCUGGUGUGUGACUGCAAGCACAACACUGAGGGGCCCGAGUGCGACCGUUGCAAGCCCUUCCACUAUGAUCGACCCUGGCAGCGAGCCACAGCUCGUGAGGCCAAUGAGUGUCUGGCCUGUAACUGCAACCUGCACGCCCGGCGCUGCCGCUUCAACAUGGAGCUGUACAAGCUCUCAGGCAGGAAGAGCGGCGGCGUGUGCCUCAACUGCCGGCACAACACUGCAGGACGGCACUGCCACUACUGCAAGGAGGGUUUCUACCGGGACCUCAGCAAGUCCAUCACGGACCGCAAAGCCUGCAAAGCUUGUGACUGCCACCCUGUUGGCGCAGCUGGCAAGACCUGCAACCAGACGACAGGGCAGUGCCCGUGCAAGGACGGCGUGACCGGUCUCACCUGCAACCGCUGUGCUAAGGGCUACCAGCAGAGCCGCUCACCAGUGGCCCCCUGCAUCAAGAUCCCUGCCAUCAACCCCACCUCCCUGGUCACCAGCACUGAGGCACCUGCAGACUGUGACUCCUACUGCAAGCCAGCCAAGGGCAACUACAAGAUUAACAUGAAGAAGUACUGCAAGAAGGACUAUGUGGUCCAGGUGAACAUCCUCGAAAUGGAGACGGUGGCCAACUGGGCCAAGUUCACCAUCAACAUCCUCUCUGUCUACAAGUGCCGUGAUGAGCGGGUCAAGCGUGGUGACAACGUCUUGUGGAUCCACCUCAAAGACCUGUCCUGCAAGUGCCCCAAGAUCCAGAUCAGCAAAAAGUACCUGGUCAUGGGGAUCAGUGAAAACUCCACCGACCGGCCGGGACUGAUGGCCGACAAGAACAGCCUUGUCAUCCAGUGGCGGGACGCCUGGACACGCCGCCUUCGGAAACUGCAGCGGCGGGAGAAGAAGGGGAAGUGUGUGAAGCCCUGAGGGGUUUCCUCACAUUCCAUCCCACCCCAUGCUCAGCCUCAGCCUGGCUGUGCACUGCCAAACUGCACCCAGAGACUCUGUACAUAUAUAUAGUGUGAACAGACUCUUCUGUCUAUAGUGUAUAUUUUGGCAAUGGUUUCCCCUCAUGUGUGCACGUGUGGUGCGCGUGUGGGCCUUUUCCUCUAAGCGUGUAUUAAAAAUAACACAGUAAUGACAAACCUUUAAUGAGGAGCAAAGCACAGUGAGAUCCCAUGGUGCCUGAAGGAGCUUGAAGGGGAUUGAUGUCCUUCUCUGAGCAUGCUGUUGGUAGCACUUCUUUUCUAGACUUUUCCCUUUAGUCUUCUUGUGCCUGGUGGUGACAUCUGAGUUGACAGUUCUUCCUUCUCCAGCAUCCAGGCCCUGCUUCCUCCUUGCUCUCUAAAAAUGUGCUGCUGUUAGAUCUCUCUCUGCCCCUUCUCCUUCCCCAGUAGGAACAGGUCCGAGUCUUCUUUCAUCAUACUGAUGUGUAUACAGGCAGGAUGAGUGGAAACCCUCCUAAUGCUGAAGAGGGACCAGCCCCAGGUUCUCCACCAGGAAUAACAAAUGAACUUUGAAUCAUUCAGGCCUAAUUGUCUGGUGACAUCGGAUUUACAUGGACCAGUGCUGCCGCCUGCGGCAGAACCCGUGUGAUGCUACAGUGCCUUAGGGAAAAAACAGACACUGGUUGAUGGCCAUUACCAGGAAGAGCUGUGUCCACCAGGGAUAUAGGGACAGACUUCACAUCCCCACUGGCCAUUACCUAUGCUGGUGUAUAGUCCAAGCAACCCAGUGGGAAAGACCUAGAGACACCCAUUUUUCCCCUCCCAUGUCCUCCAAUGCUGUGGCCUGCCCCACAAGUAGGACCUGGGGCAAACAGGCUGACCACAGCCAUAGUGUGUCAUCAUACAUCUAGCCAGGUCUAUGCCCCUGUAUUCUUGACUGAUACCAACUGACAUAAUUCCACCCAUUUCUGUUGAGCUGACACCAAGUGACCGUCUGCCUUGGUGUGCAUCCUUCAGAGCUGGCUUGGCUGCAUAAUCCCCUGUGGCCAAGGUUGUCUGAGGAGAUGCACAAGGCAGGGGUGGCACGAAGAGAGAUGAGCUUUCACUGACCCACCUCUAGUCUUUAUAUCUUCUUCACCAUGUAUUAGCCUCCAGUUCAAGCAGACAUCAGUAUCAC